CAUUAAUUCUUGGCGAUAAUUUGGGUUUACAUUCAAUGUUGGGAUUUAGUGAAAGUUUCAUGGCAAAUUUUCCAUGUCGAUUUUGUAAGUCUUCUAAAUUUGACUGUAAUUACUCGGUAAUUUGUGACAGUGCUAAAUCACGCAAUGAAGAGAAUUACUUACAAGAUUUAGCUACAAAUAACUUGUCACUGACAGGUAUUAAUGAAGAAUGUGUAUGGAAUCAAAUUAAUGGGUUUCAUGCAGUUCAUAACUAUUCUGUAGAUUUAAUGCACGAUAUUUUAGAAGGUGUUUGUUCUCGACAUUUGGGUGUUAUGAUUGGUGAUCUGGUUCCAAGAGAUUCUGAAUAUUGGCAACUUUAUAUACUGUUGAGAAAGAUUAUUGAGAUAGUUACAUUAAAAUCAAUCCAACCUUCAUAUGCAUUAAUUUUAACAACAUUAAUAUCAGAACAUCACCAGUUGUAUUUAAAACUCUUUAACACCAACUUAAAACCAAAACACCACCAUUUGUUACAUUACCCAGAUAUUAUGAAAAAAGUUGGCCCCUUGUCCCAUUUAUGGUCUAUGAGAUAUGAAUCAAAACACAGAGAGUCUAAAUUAACUGCCCAUUCCAUUACUAGCAGAAAAAAUAUUUGUCUUACAUUAGCUUUAAAACAUCAAUUAAAAUUUGCCUACCGCUUGCUAUCAAAAUCAAGUAUUUUAUCCUCAUCAAUAAAUAUAGGGAAAGAAAUAAGUUUGUCUGAAGUUGUCAUAGAAAAUAUUCAACUUGACAUUAGUGGUCCAACUAUUGAUUUUAAUUCUGUGAGAUUUGUGUCUUGGGUGGAGAAUGACAUACCAUUUUUAAUUGGUCAAUGUUUCAAAACCUUACAGUUUGACGAACAUUUUCAGGCUUAUGAGGUUAAAAGCUGUAAUGAUUUAAUGUGUAUUUCUUUCAACGAUCUUCUUGUUGAACAUAGUCCAUGUGUUCUUAACACAAUAUCUAAUGAAUGUGCAUAUAAAUCUUGUACAUUUUAA